ACAUGCGCACUCGGCCCUGCUUUGGAGUUUGUUAUGACAAGUCGAGGCCUCGGUGUAAAUUAGUAGCGCAGCCCCCUGUCUCUGCCCCGGGCUUUUCGGACAUGGAGGGCAUGGACCUGGACCUGGACCUGGACCAGGAGCUCAUGCAGAAAUUCAGCUGCAUGGGCACAACAGACAAAGACAUUUUAAUAUCGGAAUUUCAGAGGCUGCUCGGGUUUCAACUGAAUCCCGCCGGAUGCGCCUUCUUUUUGGACAUGACCAACUGGAACUUGCAGGCUGCCAUAGGAGCUUACUAUGACUUUGAAAGCCCCAACUUCAAUGCACCUUGCAUGUCCUUUGUGAAGGAUGUGACAAUUGGCGAGGGUGAAUCUGUUCCACCUGACACACCAUUCACAAAGACUUGGAGGAUACAGAACACCGGUACAGAGUCAUGGCCUCCUGGGGUUUCUCUGAAGUAUGUGGGAGGAGAUCAGUUUGGUCAUGUGAACAUGGUAAUGGUACGCUCUUUAGAUCCCCAGGAAAUGACUGAUGUCAGCGUGCAGAUGCACAGCCCCGUCUCUCCUGGCAUGUACCAGGGUCAGUGGAGAAUGUGCACAGCUACGGGACUUUACUAUGGAGAUGUCAUUUGGGUGAUCCUGAGUGUAGAGAUCGGAGGCCUCCUCGGAGUCACGCAGCAGCUUUCGUCUUUCCAAGCGGAGUUUAACACCCAGCCCCACCGUAGCCUAGAAGGAGACUACAACCCCUUUGCCUCGCCACAGAAGAGCAAGUACCCCAGCAGUAACAACAACCAUGUCCACAGUGACAGCAGCAGUAGUGUCACAGAGGAAUAUUUGCAGGGAAGCCCACACCAGCUGCAGCAAGGCCAGAAUGGACUUUCACACAGCUCUGUGGAUAUAGUAGCAAAUCACCUACAAAGCAGUCUAUCAGUAGUGCCAUGUAACCAGAUACAGGAGCCCUCUCCUUUUGGGCAUUCCUAAUCAUGGGAUUUAUCACUGUAUGGCAGCACUAAGUUGUACCUCUGGAUUAUCUCACACCAAUAAACUAGGAGGCUUUAACCUGGAGUGUGGAGGUCAAAACACUUUAUGCAAAGUCCAAUUACACUUAAAAAAGUCAGAGGCCAACGCUCCUGAUGUGCAGCUGAACCAACAUCCCACUGUAUGCACGUGUGAAUGCUAAGUUAAAAAAUAUGAGUGCUAUGAGUCUUGAGUGAUAAGUCUUUUAUUUUACUUUUAAGAUUUCUUUUUUUUGUUGUUGACACGGGUGCACAUGGACAGAGGUGAAAGUAGUGGGUGUUUGAGAGCUUUGUUUGUGAAGAUGUGUGUGCAUUGUGCAACCUGAAAAGAGACUUAAAGAGUUAAAGCCAUUAAUUUUGCCAACUGAUUCUACAGUUUCUGCUCCUUUUUAGUUUGUUGAAUUGAAUUUUGGACCCGCUGGCCUGUAUAGCACUAAUGCUAAUUGUAAAGGUUACCCUGAAAUGCAGUUUUGGGGUUUUAGAUGUCAGUGAGUGUAAUAUUUUUACCACAUGACUAUUGGAACAUUGACAUUUUUUUCUAUCCUGUCACGCUGCCUGGAGUUUAAAAAGCUAAACAGAUUUUUAACCAGUCAGAUAGGCUGUCAUUACUAAUUAGAAAAGUAUAGAUUUGGGAAAAUUGAUUUGCUAAAUCAAGUUUACUCCUCAUAUAUCCAUAGAAUCAUUGCUGUUACCUACUUGUAUCAAAUUGUAUAUCAUUCUAUUAAAUUUUCUGAUGCUUAUCCAGUUAUUGUGAGAGUUGGUAUUGGGUUUAAUUUAAAGGUUUGCAAGCUCUCAUUUCAAUUUCUCCAGAAUGAUCCACCAAGUUUUAAAUUGGCCCUGAAUACACAAUGAAGUCAAGAAGCAGGUAUGAAAUAUGCUAUUGCAAAGUCUUCUCUGAAGUCGAUGUUUCUAACGUUUCUAGAGUUUCCAGACUAAGUAUCUGGUUGUGCCUCACAAAUGGGAGCAUGAUUAUUUAAAAGAAACAUAUUAAAAGGAUUAGUUCACAUCAUGCUGUGAGACUCAAAACUCGAGCCAUAUAAACAUUAAAGACAUAAUGCCGCAUUAUACAAAAUGAAAAGGUUUAAUUCAGUCUGUAUUAAACUUUUUUACAUUUAACAUUUAGGUUGAAUGUCUUUCAUGAAUGUAGCUAAGAAUUAUAACUUUGGCAAUGUUUUAAUUUACCCAAAGAAUCUGGAUUAUGUUUGAACUAAACUGGCAGUUUUAAUUGUUCUUUUUUUUUUGUCCUGUUUUUAUCUAUAUGUUUUGGAAGUUAUGUAUUAACAUGUACUGAACUAAUUAGAGAUGCACCAAUAAAUUGGCCAGAUAUUGGAAUUGACCAAUCUUCUAUUGAUUGGCUCUGAUCUGUCUAUGGGCAUUUCAAAUACUGAAAAAAAUCAGAUUUCUUUUCCUCUAUUCGUUAAAUGCAUCAGAACCAAAAUACCACGUUAUACACUAUGCCCUUUGCUUCCAAGGUGUAGGAAGUCCUGUUUGCAGUAAGGAAAAUUAUGCUCUGGGAUACACAUUUGAUUCUAUAUCAUAUAGAGUUAGAUCACCAGAUUACCCAGGUGACCGUGGAUCUUUUGACAUGGUGAAUAAUUCUGUUGCAUAAGCAGCUCUCACCCACCAUGUACUGCAUACCACACGUGCACUACUGCUGCGUAGUUCACUAAAGUAUUGCUGCAAUGACCCAGUAAUAUUAGUUAGUCUCACCCUACACUGUGCUGUCUGCACGGAUGAAGAUUUACUUGGGAUGCUUGAAACUGAAAGUGAAACUGACGGCUUAUGCUACUUUCUGAUUAAUUCUGCUAAUAUUUAUCUAACUACUUGUAGGCUCUCAUGGAGCAGUGAAGGUUAAUUAAUACCCAGACAGGGAGUGAUCUCUUGAUCCCAAUAGACAUGCACUAUUCAAAAUGGGAGCGCAUCAGAAACAAAACAUGCUUCAAAGAUGUUGCACAAACUGUUCCUGUUUAGACCCAUGUAAAAAACACAUUUUUCAACACCCCUGAACGCAUGGCAAGAUAGGAAACAUUCUAUUUCCUGUAUACAACAACCAUCAGCUUGUAGUUUAGUGCAUUUUUGGGGUUUUAAUAAAACUCAUCUAAAGGUGAGGGAUGCAUACUUUAAUGCAAAUAUUUUAGGUCUAAAACCACUUCCCUCUAAUAAAUAAUUUUUAUUAUUUUAAGUGUCAUAGUUCAUAGAAUAAAAAUCAAAUAAGACAAGAUCGCAAUCAGCAGGUCGUACCAACAAUAAAACUGGAAAUUGGCAUUUGUGAGGAAUAGCCUGAUUGGUGCAUCUCUAGAACUGAUAAUUUCACAGAUGAAUUAAAAAUAAGUCCUUUGGACAGUCUCACGACUUCUUUACGUUCUUUUACAAACUGACUAAUCUAUGCACUGAGUAAUAUAACCCUCACAAAGGGCAUGUUAUUUUCCUUCCAGUUGACUCCAAAGUCAGAGAAAGGUUAUGAUCUCUGUGAUUAUAUCAUUGACAGUCAGUGUGGUAGACCACCUCAUCGGAAAGGUUGCCCUUUAGUCAAUGAAAGUGUAAGUCACUGAGGUGCUGAACUAUGAUAUAACAAUACCAGCUAAUACAGAACUACAGCUCCGUUGAAGCAUUUCCUUCCAAUAACUCGUACGAUAUGUGUUUCUUCUUUCAAAUGUCUGUUUAUCAAGUGCUAAGUGUGUUGUUUUCUGUAUAACAUCGCUGUAGUUUCCUCUGGCCAGAGCAAGCAAGGUGAAUCACACAGCAGCGCAUGUAUGCAAGUGAGGAAGUGCAAACAAGUGAAAGAUCAUUUCUUAUGCUUGAUGAAUGUUUCUACAAUUAAAUUAUCACGAAGAUAAAUUA